AUGUACUAUGAUGGUUGCCAACCACCAGUGACAGCGGGCCGUGGAGCUCUGGACAACGUCCCAAAAUUUUCCUCACUACCAACAUAUCUACCUGUAAGAUAUCAGAUCUUGAGUGCCGAUACUUCGUUUUUCCUCAAAGAAGCCAAUCAGGACUUCAUGAGAAACUCUAGUUUGCAAUCUCGGAUGGAGACCUUCUUUACAUAUAAAGCCAAGAAGACCCCUGUAGUUAAUGCUAGCUACGGGCCAUUCUCUGUAGAACAGGCUGUGCCCCAAGAUCUACUGUUAACCUCAAACCUGUUUGGUUCUACCAACAAGUUUACAUUCAACUGGAAACUUAAAGCCUACAUCAUGAAUGAAAAAGUCUAUCUGAGCAGGCCCAAGGUCCAGAUUCUUUUCUACAUUGUUGGAAGAGACUGGGAUGAUUAUAGCUCCAGUGAACAGCUGCCUUGCAUGAGAGUCUUUGCUUUCCGGGAAACCCGGGAGGUCCGGGGCAGUUGCAGGUUAAAGGGUGAUCUGGGAUUGUGUGUUGCUGACCUGGAACUCCAGCCCGCCUGGUUUAACCCACCCACAGUUGUCACCGGCCGCAAGAAAGCCCCUGACCCAUCUGAUCCGAGUUCCAUUGAGCUUUACUACACCAUCCAGCCCGGGGACGAGAAUGGGGAGUGCACCCCUGAGGACAUCAGGAAAGGCAAUGCCAUCCGGCCGGGGAAGGAAGGUGCAGGGGAAACCAUGUCUCAUUUGCAGAGAAUUGGUUCCGUCAGUCUCUAUCGGACCACAGAGAGCUCUCAGCUGAUGGAGCUGCGGCUGGACGGCAAUGUGAUCAUCUGGCUGCCAUCGAAACCCAUCAAGCAAGGAGAAGUUGUAAGCGCUCACGUGACCGUCACCAACAACGUCACGGUGGACCAAUUCAUUCUGAGAGCAAAGGUGAAGAAAGGGGUCAACAUCCUCAGCGCGAAAGCAAGUGACCCGCGCCAGUGGGAUGUGACACAAGAGGUGGGCAAUGGCGGAAAACACUCCACCACAACUGUGAUGUGUCAGAGAAUAACCCAGAGUGCAAAGAGCAGAAAUAAUAACAGCAUGUUCAGCGAAGUGGUGCAGUUGAACUUUGAAAUAACCAGUUUCAGCAGCCUUUCGGGAACCCAGCCAAUCACUUGGCAGGUGGAAUAUCCCCGAAAGAGGACGACGGACACAGCCCUCUCUGAAAUCUUCAUUUGCCAAAAAGAUCUUGUGGGGAUCGUACCUCUGGCAAUGGAUACGGAGAUCCUAAACACAGCAAUACUCACGGGGAAGACUGUAGCAGUCCCUAUCAAGGUGGUUUCCAUCGAAGAGAACAGUGCCGUGACGGACAUUUCUGAAUCGGUGGAAUGCAAGUCCUCUGCUGAGGAUGUCAUCAAGGUUUCUGACCGAUGUGACUAUGUUUUCGUCAAUGGCAAAGAAGUGAAAGGCAAAGUGAAUGCUAUGGUGAACUUCACCUACCAGUACUUGAGUGCUCCUCUGCAGGUCACGGUGUGGGUGCCACGUCUCCCUCUGCAAAUUGAGGUGUCCGACACUGAGCUGAGCCAAAUAAAGGGCUGGAGGGUUCCCAUUGUUUCCAACAAGAGGCAAACCAGGGACAGCGACGAUGAGGAUGACGACGAGCGGAAAGGGCGAGGCUGUGCCCUCCAGUACCAGCAUGCCAUGGUGCGCGUUUUCACCCAGUUUGUAGCUGAGGACGCCAGUCCCUGGGGCCAGCUGACCUAUUUGUUGGGCUCCGAUUGGCAGUUUGACAUUACCGAUCUGGUGGCUGACUUUAUGAAACUCGAGGAGCCUCAUGUUGCCCAAUUACAGGGAGGGAAGAUUCUGAUUGGACAGGAAAUUGGCAUGACAAUGGUCCAGGUCCUCUCACCGCUAUCUGACUCCAUCUUGGCAGAGAAGACCGUGACUGUGUUGGAUGACAAAGUGACCAUCAUGGAUAUGGGGGUGCAGCUGGUUGCAGGAUUGUCGCUCUUUCUUCAGCCCAGCACGGCAAGUAACCGGGCGAUCGUGGCUACUGCUGUUGCCCAGGACCUUCUCCACACCCCCAGACAGGAAGCCAUCGUAAGCUCCUGGAUCCAGUUCAGUGAUGGCUCUGUGACUCCCCUGGACAUUUAUGAUCCCAAAGACUUUUCCCUCUCUGCUUCAUCGUUAGAUGAGUCUGUCGUUUCAGCCCAUCCAAGCUCUUCCACGAAAUGGCCAGUGGUGGCGGCGGAAGGUGAAGGUCAAGGCACGUUGGUUAAAGUGGACAUGAUGAUCUCUGAAGCUUGCCAGAAGUCAAAGAGGAAGAGCAUCCUCGCAGUGGGAAAUGGUAGCAUCAAGGUGAAAUUUGGCCGGAAUGACGCCAACUCCCACAGCGUCAGCGAUUACGAUGCUGACGAGAUCGAAAACCACGCAAGCGAUCGAAGGCAGAAGGCGUUGGACCAAGAGCGAUACGGCCAAGACGGACGAUACUACGGGAGCUCUUCCGCCGAACGAGAGGAAGGAGCUCUACGGAAAGUCAGCACCACGGCCAAGUCUAUGAUCAAAGGCAAAGGACUGAAAAGUAACCUGGCUGGAGAAAAGCUCUCAGAUGACGGGCAGCUGCAGAACAUCCCUAUAGACUUCACCAACUUUCCAGGUCAGGUCGACCUCCCCAAAAGUAAUGGAGGCAUGGAGGGUGAUGACCUUGUACAGGCAUCUAGGGGUCUCAGUGACCUGGAGAUUGGGAUGUAUGCCCUCUUGGGAGUCUUCUGCCUGGCCAUUCUAGUCUUCCUGAUAAACUGUGCCACCUUCACAUUGAAAUAUCGGCACAAGCAAGUUCCGGCGGAAGGGCAGGCCACCAUGAGCCACUCUCAUGAUUGGGUGUGGCUUGGAAAUGAAACAGAGCUGUUGGAGAACCAAGUGGACAUUUCACCCCCACAGGAUGAGCGCACGACGAAUGUGGACCGAGGGAUAGGGGUGGAAGAGAACAACAAGCUCCUCAACGGUAGCAUACCAAAAAGCAUCCAGAGCCAACUGCACAGGUCAGCUGACUCGGGGGGCAAACAAGGGAAAGAGCUGAAGCUUGAGCCCCCUUUGCAUUCGCCCACCUCCAAGCGAAAGCGGGUAAAAUUUACAACGUUCACCACCAUCCCUCCGGAUGACAGCUGUCCAACCAUCAACUCCAUCCUCAACUGCAAUGAAGAUGACAUUAAAUGGGUUUGCCAAGAUAUGGAGCUAGGGGAAACAUAACACUACGUGGAGAAGCUCAGAGAGGAAGCAUAGCCCUGGAUCAUGGGUGCUUUGGGGGUGGGGGGGUUGAAAACCACACCUUGAUGCCUUCAGUUGUAUCAGGACAUACAGAAUAGGGUGGUGGGUGGAGGACUGAAGAGUCUUGAAAAUGAGGCAGAUUUUAUAUUCAGGGAGAGAGAUUU